AUGAGCGCCUACGAGACGGCGUACGAGCUCCUUGACGCCCCAGGCACGUUUGCAACGAUUGGCACGUUGAAGAACCCAUCGCCGUUCCUCUUUACGCUCCGUGGGAUGGACGAGCCACUCGCGUGGCCGCUCUGCAGCGCGCAGGCGCGAGAGAUCGCAGCGCUCUUCCCCGACACCAAGAUCAUCCCGGCGUCGUGCGAAUCCAACUUGGUGCCAUCGGAUGCCUUCUACGUGAAUCUCUCGCACAUGGUUCUCGAUGACGACGGCGACAGCAACUGUCUUCGCCCCUUGCCCGCCGCCGACGAGGACGAAGCCGCGCGGACGUUUGGCACACUCGUCGCGCUUCUUCCGUCGGCGCACGCAGGAGGCGUCGUGACCUUCUCCCAUCGUAACGAGACGCAGCGAUUCAACGACGAUGCCUCGUUGCUGCAUGCAGCGUACGCUACCACGUUUCUCUCCACGUCCAUCUCGUCCUCGCCCAUCACAUCUGGUCGCCGCGCCGCGCUGGUCUACCGUGUUGUCUAUGUCGCUGUGCACUUCAACAUGCGCUUCAACCCGCCCGUGCAAGAUGCUGCGAUUGCUGCGUUUCGAGCGCUCGGUCUCUCGGUGACGGAACCGCACCACCGGAUCGGUUUCGACGUCACAUUGCCAGAGGUGCUGCCAAUAGCUCUCGUGCACGCUUUGCUUGCGACGGGCUGCUUUGAUGUCGGCCUUGCUGCUUUUCGCAAGUCCAACAGGAACGAUAAAGUCGUGAGCAAGCUUUGUCCGCAUCCCGAGUGCGACAUGCCGCCGUCCGUCGUCGCUAGCUGGAAAAGUAUCCAGUGGUUUCUACAACUUCAGUCCAUCGACCAAGACACCGUCGAGUGCCCGGAACACGCCAUCGUGUUUUGGCCCAAGCGUCACCGGGCGUGGCUCGUCGGUAUCGCCGACGCCCUCGCGUUCGUCGCCUCCCAUUUCGCUGCAGCCCAGCCUCGUGACAGCAACCUCCUCGGUCUCGCAGACCCGCGCGAGCUUGUCAUGGCUGCCAUGUCGGCUUUUAACGUCCAAGACCGCAAUUCUGGCUGGCACGAGUCCUCUGAAGCAUUUGCCGCGAGACACAAGCCGUCGCUACUAUCGCAGAUGCAGCGCAUCUUGGUCGCGUACAACGACUUUGAACUCACAACGACCUUUCUUCGCGACUGCAUUUCGAUCACGAACGACGUUCCGCUCGCUGAAGUCGCCGUCUGGCUCCAUGGUCUCUUGACGACCCAUGGCUGGGAGCGCUUCGAGCCAGCAAUGCUCGGGCUCGUCCAGCGCUGGAUUCGAACGACACCGAUUGCGACGCUCCGGCUGCUCACGAGCUUGGCUGGCCUUGACACGGACGACAAGGCGGUGUGUCCACCACUCCUUCAGCCAUUCGAGGCCGAGCUUUUCAAGCGCUGCUACCACAUUGUACGCGCGACGCCCGACUUCGGACGCAGCCUUUUGAACGCUAAGAACGACUCCUAUGGCCGCGGCUCGGACUUUGUCAAGUACAGUCUCUUGCUCGAGCACUACGUGACGACCAUCGCGCUGCAACGGGCGGAUGCCAACUUUGUGGGCCACUGGUUGCCACCGGUGCUCGUCGCUGCAGUCGACACCUUUCUUUUUCCAGCGCACCCGUCUAUCCUCUUGACGCUGGCUACCACGGACGCCGAUCCGCUCAUGGUCGUUGCGGUCGGCCUGGCCUCAGCCGCGCUCACUGCGCCAUCGCUGCGACUGCCAACGACCGUUCUCGAUGGCAUCUUUUGUGCAUUGGAGCAACUGCCACCGCGACGGCCGCGGGAAAAAACCUCGGCCGAUCGGGACUUCAACUUGCCCAUUCCACAGACCGUCACGAGCGUCGACGCUGUUCGCAGCGUGCUCGUCUUGGCACAGCGAGCGAACCGUCUUGAUGCGACUUUUUUUGACACGUGCGUCGAUCGCUACGGGCUCUUUAUACUGCCAGCCAUCCGCCCGUUGGCAAGCAACCAAGUCCACCUCGGCGCCUUGCAUUCGCUCGUCGUCGAGUACAUCCACCGCUCGAUCCAUGCGCUUCUCGACAAGACGGCGUGGCCAGACCUCCACGAAGUCGUUGCGUACCGUCAGCACGGCGGGCGAUCCGUGUCCAUGGGCGUCCAUCUCACGCGCGAGGCCGUCAUGCUUCUCCAGUCCUAUGCACAAGACAGCGUCGCGUCAUUUGCGACGGCGUGGCUGAAGGCGCUACCGACGGACAUCCGCACGACGCACAAGCUCCUCGUGCCCCUCGUGGACCUUCUGCCGCGCAACGUGGCGGCGUAUCGACUGCUGGCGGCGGCGUCCAUUGCUCGGUUCGACGCGACGCCGCCGCUUUCACCGGUGGUGGACUUUGCACUGCGCGACGUGGCUCUGGACCCGACGCACUGCAGUCAGUGCAAGACAACACGAACCUUCUUGGACGACCCAGCCAAUAACGUGUCCGAGAACAUCGCGAUGUCGUGGGCAAGCCCCGAGCAGUGCCCAAACGUCCUCGGCCUUUUGCAGACCCACGCAUCGCGCGUGAUCCAGGUCGAGCCCCGGCGCGAUUGGCUGGAGGCUUGCAGCUACCGCCUUUUCAAAGUGACCCAGCCCGGUCAAGUUUCGGUGGCCCAACUCGGGAAGCACCGUGCAACGGCAAGGAUCCUAGCGAGCGUAGCGGAAGCUGUGGUGCGCUUCAAGACGACACUGCGACGGAUCGACAACAAUGCAGAAGACCCUUUGAAGCCACGCCCGUCCAAGCGCCAUCGCCACGGAUAA